AUGUCCUCCCCGCCACGGACGCCUACCCACAGGCCGGCUUCGUCCCACCGCCGACACCCGUCUAGUCCCGAUAUGUCACAGUCCAGACGGCAGUCGUUCAACCGCCCCGGCUCCAGAUCCGGGUACUCGCCAGUUACACCACGCUCUUCGCACGAAUUUGAUCAUGGCAGCCCUGCGCAGCGUUUCGACGGAGGCGGUGACAAUGGUGGGGGCUUGGGCAAUCUUGCGGACGAGUUGGGCGAAUGGGGGAGUGAGGACGAGGAGAUGGACAGCCAAUUCGGCGAGGAGCUGGAGCAUACACAAGAGGCUCCGGCAGAUAUUGGCACGGCCGUAGAGCACGACGGGUCAACAGGAGCGCCGGGCUUGGUGGAUCUGAAUGGUGUGAGGGAUAGCGGGGUUGCACUGCAGAGCUCUCCUUCCACACACUCGAGAGCCACGCUGAGUCCAAGCGCGGCAAUCAAGUCGAAGAGAUACAACAGGCCACGGUCGCUGUACGACGGUUCGGACUAUGGAGACGACUCGGAUUUGGAGAAUGAGGGCAUCAAUCCAGCCCUCGAGUCGCGCAUGGCCGCUAUCGAGAGUCUAGCACGGCGAGGCAUGGAGGAGAACGGCAGCGCUUCAGACGAAGUCGUCAAGCGCGUCACAGAGCAUCUCCGCGACCUAGGUAGCCAGAUCGCCGUCGAGAAUGGCGCAACACGUCUCAAAACCGCCCACGACUCCCUCACAACGCACCUGACCCACCAAUCUCGCGUCCUCACUUCCCUCACCGCAUCCUUCACCGGCCCUCGCGCUAUAAUCCCCUCGCCGGACGCGAUCGAAGAGCUCCUCCCCCUCGUAGAACAAACCCUCCAAUCCCUCCCCCACAGCUCCGCAGACCCCAUAGUCUCGCUGUCGCACCUCACACUCUCUACGCGUGAACUCCUGCAACACCUCUCCAACGUCAGCGACACGCUGCACAUGUCACGGCAAACAACCACGAACGCCGCACGGAGACUGCGAACAAGUAAAGAGCAGCUGCACGAGUGGAAGCGCGAGACGGAGCGCACAGUCGAAGGGCGAGAAUUCAUCGAGCGUGGGGACUGGGAUCGACGGCUGCGUGAGCGCGAGGCGAAGCGCGCGUGCAGUGAGGUAAUGGAGGGCUUCGAGGAAGCGUGCGGGCUGUGGCGGAAGCGGCUCUGCGAAGGGCUGGGCGUGGCGAGUGCGUAG